UCCAUCCCCACUUGUGAAACAGUGCUUCACUGUACAGAUGGACACCAAAGCUUCUUAUACCCUUCUUUUGGACCAAUCUGUUUCCUUCUGACUUUUCUCCACCUCUAUCAUCUAAUUGGUUUUUAGUCUGCUCCAUAUCCCCUCUCUCUCUCUCUCUCUCUCUGUUGUUGUUAAUAUUCCCCCUGUCACCCCACUUUAACUCAGCAUGGUGAACAGAUAACUGCUUAGCUGUUGAACAUGGGCUCCUGCCUCUGCAAAGGUCAACAAGAGCUUCAAGGUGGCCAGCAACACCCCAUGGAAGAGCUCCACUCUUGCACUGAGGGACAGCCCAUUUUUAAGGAUAACCAUCAGUCCUACAACGGGGCUAUGCCAGAUAAAGGGAGCAGCAGUGGGUAUGACAUUGGAGAACUAGCCACAUCUUCCCUGCUGGGGCUGCUGGCAACCAUUAAGGACCACAUCACUAAGCCCACUGCGAUGGCUCAGGGCCGGGUCGCCCAUCUGAUUGAGUGGAAGAGUUGGGGAGGGGAUGCGUCUGGAGGCGGAUUGUGUGGCUGGAGAAAAGAUGGAGGGGGCUGGGGAGGUGUCGGAGCGACACUGCAGGAGGACGAACAGCUCUACUCUCAUCUUACUGAUGAAAUCAAGGAAGCUCGGUUUGCUGCAGGCGUGGCAGAACAGUUUGCCCUGGCUGAAGCGGCGAUGAAUGCCUGGUCCACAGAGGACGUUGAAAGUCAACUGACAAGCAGCACAAUCCCAUUACAAGACCCCGAGGGCCUCUAUCUUUCUCAGUUCCUGUUGGAUGGAGGGAGUCUGGGUGUUCCACAGUACUUAUACAAGAUUCACAUGGAAGCUUAUGAUGAAACCAGCUCAUUGGCUCCUUCUCAGCCCCCAAAGUCUCAUUCCCCAAGUCGUUCCUUUUCUCCAAUGGACACACAGCGUCCAAUACCACAGCACAGAAUCUCCCCGUCGGAAGGAAGCGUCCGACACGCGGACAGCAUUUCUCUAUCUGAGGAUGAGGUGUUUUAUAACUGACCGCUGGUGACGGGAAGGGUCAGCAUAUUGUCUAUUGUUUGUGUUUGGCGAUGCGAGAGGGAGACAGUAUGAAGUUACGUGCAACGAGGUUAUCCCUUUACCGUUAAACUACGUAAUAGCUGCCAUCGAGCGUCUUCAAACAAUGAAUGCAGGGAUCGAUGUACACAAGAUCAUGCUAAUUCCAUAUCACAUGACCUCUUUCCAGAUGAAACCCUCUCUGUUUUCAGUAAUGAUGAUUGGAUUUUAAGGAACAGGGUCACGCUAUUAACACAUCUUGACACAUAUUUACAGCGCCCGUUCAACACUGCUAGACCAUCAAAAAGAAGAGGAUGCCUAUUUGUGCUAUAGACUGAGGAUGAGAGAGCCAAAAUAAACAGGCUUUCAUAUCCCAGAUGCAGCACAGACAUUUCUGCUGGUGUAUUUCUCCCAAGAGCAACUCAAUGAGGCUACAGGGUGAAUAGAAAUCUUUUGUAAGGACUUGGGAAGAUGGAAACGAUUUAUGCCUUUGAGUACAGCAGCAGUUAUUUCUUGGGAUUGUGCGAUUUUAAAGAUUUUGCUAAAUGUUACACUAAAUUACGCUAAAUUAUAUUAUAGAUUUUCAGUGUAAAACAUGUAACAUACAUCAAAUGACCGGAUACACAGAUGCAGAAAAAAAAUACAUUUCUACAUGUAGUGUCGUCAUUCAAAUGUCUGUUAAAUUUCAACAAUUUGAAAACCUCAUGAGUGACAAAGUCAUCCAAAAGCAAUGUGAACGACUGACAGCAUGACAAGACACAUGAAAACUGUGAGACAAAUCGAGGUUAUGACAUAAAAAAGUUGUUUUUGAACUUUUUCUAAAUACGUGUACAAAUAUUACUGCUGUAUUGCUUAAAAGUGAAGUGAAUAUGAACUUGUUUUCUUUGCUGUAUUUGAGGUCUGAAAAAAUACAGAGCAUCUUUUGCCGAAGUGUGUUAUUUCAGUAAAAGUGUCACGAAAUAAAAAAAACAAGUUUCCCGGACACUGCCCUUUUGCUUGUACAAACAAAGCCCCGCCUCAAACUAAUGUCAAUGCUUGAGCCGAUGAUGAUGAGCUGGUUGGAAAGCUCAUAGUCACAGUGUUUACACUUUUCAGCUAAAUCAACCUUCAAGCGGCGUACUUAUAUUUUGUCUAAUUGAAGAAAGUAUUAUAACAUAAAAAAUGACACACUUCUGCUUUUGAAGGGGGUUGGUCACACUUGCCCCAGGUGUACACACUUUGUAUAUGUAGAAGUGAAUCAAAAGUG